AUGUUGGAGGAUGUUGCAGUUAUUGCUAUAGAAAGCUUAGACAAGAGUCUAGAAGAUUUGCUGACCAGAGUGGAUGAAUUUGUGGGAAUGCUGGACAUGAUUCGAAGUGAUUCCUCUCAAGUUGUCAAUGAAAGUAUACCUCAAAUUUACACAAAAGCUACAGAAAUGAGACAGAUAUACAGGAAGAUUGACAAACUAGAGGCUUUUGUGAAGAUGGUUGGAAAUAGCGUAGCUGGACUGGAAGAACGGGUCAUAAAGGCAGAAACAGACCUUGGAGCUUUUCCGAGCACAUUCAAGAAAAUCUUGCACACAAUCAGCAUACCAUCCUUCCUUAAUAAAUCGUCUUCCUCACGACAACAACAGACCCUCUAUGAACCUCCAGCCCUCUUCAAGACUGAAGACUAUUUUCCGUGUCUUCAUGAAGCACCUUAUUGAUGAUUUCUGCUUUGGGAUUGACGUGAAUCAGCCAGAAUAGAGACAGCCAAGUGAAAAAAAUGCUAACCUCAAAAUAGCUGCAUUUCUGAGCAUUAUUGAUGGCAUAUUGCCAUUCUGAUUCUCAUUGUCUUCCUUCAGGCAGUAUUUUCAGGUAAUCUUUGUUUGUGUACAUUAUUUCAAAAGUCUUCCUAAAACACAGUAUAAAUUUUCAGAUUAUAUUGGGGAAGGAACUUAAGACUACUUCUGCAUUAGAUUUUUUUUUUAAAUACAGAAAUAAUAGGAAACAUACUUUAUAUAUAAAAUCUUUUAACACAUAAAUAUCUGUGCUGCUGCAAAUGUAAAUAGCUAUACCACAAGGAUGUCUUUCCCUCCCCUGUCUGUCCCCUCUCCCCCGCCCCCAUACUGAUUGAGGUGAAAGAAAAACUAUGCUUAAAAUCAUCUACUCCGGUUUUGGAAUCUGGUCCCUGCAGUUUGUACAGAGAAAUGCACCACGUUGGGAUGUGCAAGUUGCAAGGGGAGGACUUGGGAGAUCGGCGAGGAGUCGAGGACACAGCUCGAUGCACGUCAUCUAGUCCCAGUUCACAAAGCAAGCAUCUUGCCCCCGCUGAUGAUCAUCAGGUCACAGUGACCUGAGCUUCUUGUUAUUGCAGCAUUGUAUUGUUUGAUGUGUAACCAGGUGGGCA